AUGGCCCAGCUUCCCCGGCUCCCCCGCGAGGAAUACACGGUAGGAUGGGUGUGCGCGCUCCCGGUCGAGCUGGCGGCAGCACAGGAGAUGCUGGACGAAGAGCACGCAGACCUGGAGCGCGAUAUAGACGACAGCGAUGAGAACCUGUACUCCCUCGGGUCCAUUGCGGGUCACAACGUCGCGAUCGUGUGCCUGCCGGCUGGACGCAUCGGCAACAACCCCGCGGCGGUCGUGGCGACGCAGAUGAGGUCGACGUUCAAGGGAAUUCGCUUUGGGCUGAUGGUCGGCAUCGGCGGCGGAGUUCCCAGUGCAGCGGCGGACAUUCGGCUCGGAGACGUAGUGGUCAGCCAGCCAGAGAAGAUGUUCGGCGGGGUGGUGCAGUACGACUCUGGCAAGGCGACGGCGAGCGGGUUCGAGCGGACGGGAUCGCUUAAUGCGCCGCCGCAGUUGCUGCUCGGCGCGGUCGCGAAGGUACGGGCGAAUGAGUUCCGAGGGAAGAGCAAGGUGUCGGAGCAUAUCAGCAAGCUCGAGCGCAACCCCAAGUUUCAGCGCAGCAAGACAGGGCCUGACGUCUUGUUCGACGCGGGCUACGACCACGAGGGCGGGCAGACGUGCGACGGAUGCAGGACCGAUCGCUAUCAAGACCGGGAGCCGCGCGACGAGGAGGUGGUGUCUCACUACGGGACGAUCGCGUCGGGAAACCAAGUGAUGAAGAACGCGGCAGAGCGAGACAGCGUCAGCGCGGAGCUCGGCGGGGUGCUCUGCUUCGAGAUGGAGGCGGCGGGCCUGAUGAACAGCUUCCCCUGCCUCGUCGUCCGCGGCAUUUGCGACUACUCAGACUCGCACAAGAACAAGAGAUGGCAGCCAUAUGCGGCGGGGGUCGCGGCGGCGUAUGCGAAGGAGGUGCUAUUGGUGAUUCCGCCAACUGAUGUAGCAAAGACUUGGACAGUCGAAGAGGCGAUUCAGAGCGCGCGCAAGAAGGCAAUCUACUCCAUCCCGUUCCUCCCCAACCGAUCGUUCGUUGGGCGGAAGAAUGAGCUCGACGUGCUGAAGCAGCGGCUCAUGGUCGACAGAGCGUGCUACAAGAUGUCAGUUGUCGGGCUUGGCGGGACAGGCAAGACGCAAGUCGCGCUGCAGUUUGCGUACACGGUGAGGGAGAACUGGCCCGAUUUCUCCGUCUUCUGGGUGCCUGCGCUGAGCAUGGAGAGCUUCGAACAGGCGUGCACUGAAGUGUUGCGACUCCUUGGCAUGCCUCAGGCCACCAACGGCAAGGGUGAUGCGAAAGAGCUGCUCAAGCGGCACCUGGGCUCAGCGCGAGCGGGGAAGUGGCUGUUGGUGGUCGACAACGCCGACAAUCCAGACAUCGUCUUUGGGACAGGACAGGCGACCGGCAUUGCUAAUUAUCUACCACAGAGCGAGGAGGGUGUGACCCUGUUCACUACACGCACGCAGCAGAUAGCAGCAGACCUAACACGCGGCGAUGUGCUAGAGCUCGGGCCGAUGAAUCGACAAGACGCGGGCAACUUCCUCAAGAAAUCCCUGACUGGGAAGGACCUUCUCUGCGACAAUACAAAGAAGGAGACAUUUCUGGAUGAGCUAACAUAUCUACCUCUGGCGAUCGCACAGGCAGCGGCCUACCUUAACAGAACUGGCGUGUCUAUUGCCAAGUACCUACAGCUACUACAGAGCACAGAGCAGGACCUCGUCGAGCUCAUGAGCCGGGAGUUCCGCGACGAUACACGAUACAAAGACUCGGCAAAUGCGGUGGCCACAACAUGGGUAGUGUCAUUUAACCACAUCCGUGUGCACGAUGCCGUUGCAGCAGACCUUCUGCAAUUUAUAUCAUGCAUUGAAUGGAAAGCCAUUCCGCGCUCUAUCCUGCCAAGCGUGCAGUCAGAAGUGCGAAUGGAAGACGCAAUCAGCAUGCUCUGUGGGUACUCCUUCCUGGUGAGACGAGGGAAUGAAGAGGAGUAUGAUGUGCACCGACUGGUGCACUUAGCUACCCGGAUCUGGGUCACGCAAUAUAGCGACACUAGAGGGGUGGCCAAAAAAGCCACUAGGCAGCUAGUCAAUGUGUUCCCGUCAGACGACUAUGCAAACCGGACAGUAUGGAGGAAGUAUCUACCGCACGCGCUGCGGCUGCUGGAGGACAACCAAAGCUAUCCAGCAGAAGAGAGGUCGGAGCUGUGUCUCUUGGUGGGACGAUGCCUACGAGUAGAUGGGAGGAUCCGGGAAGCAGUGAGAUGGCUUGAGGAGUCAUGCAAGCAGAGGGAAGAAUUGGACAAGAGGGACUCAAAGCGGCUGCUGUCGCAGCAUGUGCUCGCCAUCGCAUACCAAGCCAACGGACAGGUCAAGGAGGCAGUCGGGCUGCUGGAACGCGUUGUCGCGAUACAAGUGCUCGCAGAAGACCAUCCCGAUCGACUAGCGUCGCAGCACGUGCUCGCCACAGCAUACCAGGCCAACGGACAGGUCAAGGAGGCCGUCACGCUACUGGAAUAUGUGGUUAGAAUGAAGCAGAGUGUCUAUAGAUUCAAUCAUCCUUCCCGAGUUGUAUCUGAGAGUGUCCUGAAAUCUUGGCAGGGUGCUGUUUAG